UCUAUGAAACCGAGUUCUGUUUUGCACAGUUUGUGUAUUCAUCAGAAGUAAAAAAUAAUGUUAAGGAUGACAAUGUGGAAAAGACACGGAUUCCACUUUUUCUUUCUAAGUUUAUGGUUUCUGGUGCUGUGCUUGGGCCUUAUGGCAAGAAUAGUAUUAACUAUCAUGUAUUUAAAUUGGGUGAAUAUAAAGACUUAAUACCAAUUGACUACACAGAGAUUUAUACUUCUCCAUUUUUUAAGACUAAUUCAAGUUCCUCUGGCUCAAAGACAAAUGAUUCAAGCCCUUCCAAGUUACGAACCGAUGAUUCAAUAUCAUUAAUAAUUAAAAGACACAUAAAAGAAAGUGAUCUAAACUAUGUUAUUAAACACUAUUAUAGCGACUUCUUUAUACGAAAUUCAACAGACUUCUAUGAAGACCCACAGUGUUACUACAUGAAUAUUCAAUCAGAAAUUAAUAAUGCGACUGGUGAUAUAAAUAUAACUUGGAAUACAAGAUUCUAUGAAAGUGUCUAUGAGUAUACAACAUAUAAAUUUGACAGCAGAAUACGAGAUGAAAGAACGCGUAUGGGUGUUAUUAAUCAACCUGCCCAUGUUUCUUUCAUUGACAUGCUACAGCGCAAAAAUCCUUCUCUUAAUACAGCACUAUAUGGACACUGCUUCUAUAAAAGCCGAACUGAUAUUGACUAUAAAACCAGUGCUGUUUUUUGUCUGACUAUGAAGGAUCUUUUAGAAAAAAUGAAUGCAUAUUUAAUGGAUAUAAAUACAAAGGAUGAAAUAAUCGAUCCUAUUUCGGGCACGGUACUUAAUAAAAAGGACUAUGACCCAAGAUUCAUUCUAAAAGACAUUUCAAGUGCUAUUCAAAAUAGCAAACUACAAGAAAUUAGACAAAGUGAUGAAGGAAUUAUAUCCAUAAGAGACAAUAACUACAAUGGCUGCAAAUAUGGAAUCCACUAUGAUAUUUUAAAUACUUUAAUUAAAACCUACCCCAUCACACGAGAAUUACGUUUACAACAACUAAAAAACUAUCAAAAAAACUUAAAUCCGUCUCUAAACCCGAAAUAUUAUACUAAGAAAACACAUUAG